AUGUCGAUCGCAUCGCCUAUCAAUCUGAUCCUCCUCUCGCUCUUCGUCGUGUUGGUCUAUUAUCAUUUCCGCCCGAAGCAGCCCGUCACUCUCCCGCGCGGCCCGCCCCCCGUCGUCUUCCGCACCUACACCCCCAAGACCCUCAUCGAAUUCAACGGCGAGAAUGAUCGUCCCGUGUACCUAGCCGUGCGAGGCCGUGUCUUUGAUGUGUCUCCCGGCAGGAAUUUCUACGGCCCGGGCGGUCCUUACGAGAACUUCGCCGGCCGCGAUGCCUCACGUGGCCUGGCUCAUCAGAGCUUCGAUGUGGAAAUGCUGACCCAGGAUCUGUCGGCGCCGCUGGAUGACCUCAAGGACCUGGAUGAGGAUCAGCUGGAGAACCUGCAGUCAUGGGAGGAACGUUUCUCUGAGAAGUAUCUGGUUGUUGGCAAGCUGGUUGCCGAGGGCGAUCCCGAGGCGCCCAAGUCUUAA